CCGAAACCCCUUCUGGAACCGCCUGGGGACAAUUCUCUUUUCCUUUCUUCUGGCUAACCCGCGGUGGCCACCGCGGAGUCAGCCCCGGGGAGCGCAGCCAGGAGGGGUGUCCGAGGGGCGUCUCGGGAUUGUGGCGGCCGGGCCCCCAGCAGGCUGUGGUCCGAGGGGACGGAGCACCGAGGCCCCCUGAUCGGGCUACGCGGGCCGCCUGGGGCCCCCGGGCUGAGAGGGGGCCGGAGCGGCACCCCGGCCGCCCGCGCGGGGUCUCCCCCAUGGUGCAGCGGGGUUCGGGAUGUCUAAGACGCUGAAGAAGAAGAAGCACUGGCUCAGCAAGGUGCAGGAGUGCGCGGUGUCCUGGGCUGGGCCCCCGGGCGACUUCGGCGCCGAGAUCCGGGGUGGCGCGGAGCGCGGCGAGUUCCCCUACCUGGGGCGGCUCCGUGAGGAGCCCGGCGGGGGCACCUGCUGCGUCGUCUCGGGCAAGGCGCCCAGCCCAGGGGAUGUGCUGCUGGAGGUGAACGGGACUCCUGUCAGCGGACUCACCAACCGGGACACCCUGGCUGUCAUCCGCCACUUCCGCGAGCCCAUACGUCUCAAGACAGUAAAGCCAGGUAAAGUCAUUAAUAAAGAUCUGCGGCAUUACCUGAGUCUUCAGUUUCAGAAAGGAUCAAUUGACCACAAACUGCAGCAAGUGAUCAGAGAUAAUCUGUACCUGAGAACCAUCCCGUGCACUACAAGGGCCCCCAGGGAAGGGGAGGUGCCAGGAGUGGACUAUAACUUCAUUUCUGUCGAACAGUUCAAAGCCCUGGAAGAGAGUGGAGCACUGUUAGAAAGUGGGACAUAUGACGGAAACUUCUAUGGAACUCCCAAGCCUCCAGCAGAACCCAGCCCUUUUCAGCCAGAUCCUGUCGAUCAGGUCCUCUUCGAUAAUGAGUUUGACACAGAAUCCCAAAGAAAACGAACUACAUCUGUCAGCAAAAUGGAAAGAAUGGACAGCUCUCUUCCUGAAGAGGAAGAAGAUGAGGACAAGGAAGCUGUUAAUGGCAGUGGAAACACAGAAAACAGAGAGAGGCAUUCUGAGUCAUCUGACUGGAUGAAGACUGUUCCAAGUUACAACCAAACAAACAGCUCCAUGGACUUUAGAAAUUACAUGAUGAGAGACGAGACUCUGGAGCCGCUGCCCAAAAACUGGGAAAUGGCCUACACUGACACGGGGAUGAUCUACUUCAUUGACCACAACACCAAGACGACCACCUGGUUGGAUCCUCGUCUCUGCAAGAAAGCCAAAGCCCCUGAAGACUGUGCAGAUGGAGAGCUUCCCUAUGGCUGGGAGAAGAUCGAGGACCCUCAGUAUGGGACAUACUAUGUUGAUCAUCUUAACCAGAAAACCCAGUUUGAAAAUCCAGUGGAGGAAGCCAAAAGGAAGAAGCAGUUAGGACAGUCGGAAAUUGGGUCUUCAAAACCAGAUGCGGAAAAGUCGCAUUUUACGCGAGACCCAACCCAACUGAAAGGGGUCCUUGUUCGAGCUUCGCUGAAAAAAAGCCCAAUGGGAUUUGGUUUUACCAUUAUUGGCGGAGACAGGCCUGAUGAGUUUCUCCAAGUGAAAAAUGUGCUGAAAGAUGGUCCUGCAGCUCAGGAUGGGAAAAUUGCACCAGGUGAUGUUAUUGUAGACAUCAACGGCAACUGUGUCCUUGGUCACACCCAUGCAGAUGUUGUCCAGAUGUUUCAGCUGGUACCUGUCAACCAGUAUGUGAACCUCACUUUAUGUCGUGGCUAUCCACUUCCGGAUGACAGUGAAGAUCCUGUCGUGGACAUUGUGGCUGCCACCCCUGUCAUCAACGGACAGUCGUUAACCAAGGGAGAGACUUUGGGGAAUACUCAGGAUUUUAAGCCAGGAGCAAUGGUUCUGGACCAGAAUGGAAAAUCAGGACACACUUUGACCGGUGAUCGCCUCAAUGGACUAUCAGAUCCAAGCGAGCAGAGAGCGUCCAUGGCAUCGUCAGGCAGCUCCCAGCCUGAACUUGUGACUAUCCCUUUGAUUAAGGGCCCGAAAGGCUUUGGCUUUGCAAUUGCUGACAGCCCUACUGGACAGAAGGUGAAAAUGAUAUUGGAUAGCCAGUGGUGUCAAGGCCUUCAGAAAGGGGAUGUAAUUAAGGAAAUUUACCAUCAAAACGUGCAGAACUUAUCACACCUCCAGGUGGUAGAGGUGCUAAAGCAGUUUCCAGUAGGUGCAGAUGUACCGUUGCUUAUCUUAAGAGGAGGUCCUCCUUCACCAACCAAAACUGCCAAAAUGAAAACAGAUAAAAAGGAAAAUUCAGGAAGUUUGGAGGCCAUAAAUGAGCCCAUUCCCCAGCCUAUGCCUUUUCCACCCAGCAUUCUCAGGUCAGGAUCCCCGAAAUUGGAUCCUUCUGAGGUCUACCUGAAAUCUAAGACUUUAUAUGAAGAUAAACCGCCAAACACCAAAGAUCUGGACGUUUUUCUUCGGAAACAAGAGUCAGGGUUUGGCUUCAGGGUGCUCGGAGGAGACGGCCCCGACCAGUCUAUAUAUAUUGGUGCCAUUAUUCCUCUGGGAGCAGCUGAGAAAGAUGGCCGGCUCCGUGCAGCUGACGAACUAAUGUGCAUUGAUGGAAUUCCUGUCAAAGGAAAGUCACACAAACAAGUCUUAGACCUGAUGACGACUGCUGCUCGAAACGGCCAUGUGUUAUUAACCGUCAGAAGAAAGAUUUUCUAUGGAGAAAAACAACCUGAGGAUGACAGCUCUCAAGCCUUCAUUUCAACACAGAACGGAUCUCCCCACCUAAACCGAGCAGACGUCCCAGCCAGGCCUGCUCCCCCGGAGGCCUAUGACGUUGUCCUGCAACGAAAAGAAAAUGAAGGAUUUGGCUUUGUCAUCCUCACCUCCAAAAACAAACCACCUCCAGGAGUUAUUCCACAUAAAAUUGGCCGAGUCAUAGAAGGAAGCCCAGCUGAUCGCUGUGGAAAGCUGAAAGUUGGAGAUCAUAUCUCUGCAGUGAAUGGGCAGUCCAUUGUCGAACUGUCCCACGAUAACAUCGUUCAGCUGAUCAAAGAUGCUGGUGUCACCGUCACACUAACCGUCGUUGCUGAAGAAGAUCAUCAUGGUCCACCAUCCGGAACCAACUCAGCCAGGCAAAGCCCAGCCUUGCAGCACAGGCCCAUGGGACAGGCUCAGGCCAACCACAUACCUGGGGACAGAAAUAUCCUAGAAGGUGAAAUUGGAAAAGAGGUCUCUGCUUCUUACAGACAUUCGUGGUCUGACCACAAGCACCUUGCACAGCCUGACACCGCAGUGAUUUCCGUUGUAGGCAGUCGGCACAACCAGAGCCUUGGUUGUUACCCAGUGGAGCUGGAGAGAGGCCCCCGGGGCUUUGGGUUCAGCCUCCGAGGUGGAAAGGAAUAUAACAUGGGGCUGUUCAUCCUGCGUCUCGCCGAGGACGGUCCUGCUAUCAAAGAUGGCAGAAUUCAUGUUGGGGACCAGAUCGUGGAGAUCAAUGGGGAACCUACGCAAGGAAUCACACACACUCGGGCAAUCGAGCUCAUUCAGGCUGGUGGAAAUAAAGUUCUUCUUCUUCUGAGGCCAGGAACUGGCUUGAUACCUGACCAUGGUUUGGCUCCUUCCGGUCUGUGCUCCUACGUGAAGCCUGAGCAACAUUAAGGCUUUCAGGGCUUUUCUUGGUCUUUCCUUAAAAAGACUUGGUAAAUUUGCAUGUCUUGUAAAUCACUUCCUUCUUUUGUUUUCUUUUUAAUUAAAAGUGAUACUAUUAAAUACGUCUAUUUCUAUCUUCUGCACUUUUCAGUCUCCUUUUGACAUUAAAUUUGACAGCUUAAUGCAAGGAAAUUAUUUACAAAUGCCCGUGAACCACGUUCUGGUUACCACAGAUUGGUUUCCUUUAUUAAUCAGUGAUCUUGCCAUUACCUUAAGCUGUAUCCAUUGACAACUAGUAAGCUUCUUGGACCAAGUAAUUUGGUCCAAUUUUAUUAUUUCUAUGUUUUCAACUUGGCUUUACUAAUAAAGAAUAUAUAGAUCAUAUAUAUUAUUGCACUAAUUAUACACAAUCAGAAAAAUGAAUACUCUUACUUUAUUAUCGCUACCCAACCUGCUCUUCACGUAUGAACAGAUGUCUGUACACAUCUGCCUUCACAGAGAGAGGUGUAAACAAACUACAUAAGAUACUCAAGCUAUGUAAGCAGUCAGUACAGUUCAAAUGGCUGUCAAAGUUGAAAAUGUACUGUUCCUAUUUAUAGUUCUCAAAUGUAAUAAUGUCCACUCAAAUCACUUUUUUAGGUGAUUGGGAUAUUAAUAAUCCUUCAUCUUCAAAUGUGAUUUAUGAUGAACAGUCACCAUUUCCCCCAUCUUCACAUUCUGCUUCCAUAUUUGAAGAGUCUCACAUGCCAGUAAUUGAAGAAUCUUUAAUGAGAGUCCAGAUAUGUGAAAAGACAGAAGAAUUACAGGACACUGUGCCUGAAAAGAAAAGCACUUUACAUGAACAUCACUCUGAAGUGAAGCAGCAGUGUCUUCUCCAGAAAAACGUGACUAAGAGGGAUCCACCCAACAGUCCUGGGCACGGGGACAAGAAAAAGCUGCUAGACGUAGAAAGCGGCGUUAUCCGAAGAGGUAGGUCUGCUAGUCCCAAGAAGUCAGCCAGUCGGUAUUCAGAGGAGCAUUCGGAAAAGACUGCUAGUAAUCCAGAAAAUGACCCCAAAAGAAGACCCAGAGAGCAAUCACGCAGCCCCAGGAAAGGGGAGAACAGAAGCUGCGAGAUCAGCACCAAGGCAGGCUCCGGGCAAGAUCACUGCCGAAAAAGCAGAGGACGUUCUUCCAGCCCUAAGAAGCAGCAAAAAGUUGAAGGAAGCAAAGGUCUAUCAAAAGCUGAAGCCAAAUUAUUAGAAGGUGAGAGUCGAAGAACAGGCCACGCUAACAGUGACGCCAACAGGAAAGAAAAGGCAGGUGCCGCCAGGAAAGAGGCAAAGCAGGGUCAGCUGGGAACAAGCAGAACCAGGUCUCCGGAGAAAAAAGGCAGAAGAGUAGAUGAAAAGCCUCUUUCAUCCAAAAAGACUAAUAACACUACUGGUAGAGCAGUCUCUGAAAAUGAAAAAGGAAAGAAAGCAAUCACAGGAGAGGCGAGUUUUAGUAAAGAUAAAACAGGAGAAAAUGCUCAAGUAUCAGAAAAGAAGCUGAAGCAGGAACCUGAAGAGAGAAUGGUUUUAAACAAGACAGAAGGUCACAAAGGGAAAGAACUCGAGGCAGCUGAUGGGAGCAAGGAGACCAGAGGGUCCAAACCUGAGUGUGGUUCUCCAGUCAAGAAAACACCCAUAACUCCUGGGCCCUGGAAGGUGCCAAGUGCAAAUAAAGUCACAGGCAGUACUGGUAUGGCUGAGAAACGGCUAUGACCUUCAGUAUAAAACAAAGAAAAACAAGUUGUAAUCUUUUCUUACUAAAAAGCAUUUUUCCAGAAAAAUUUUUUUUCUGAAACACGUGUUUUAAUUUGAGCAUCACGUUACCUAGGCUGCAUGAAGGGCCUUUAGGAUCGCUAAGUACCAACUGUCCCCACGGCUGGCUGCCCUCCCCCGCACUCAGGAAGGAGCUACAUCCACGCGCUCAUCUGCCACCCUGCUCGGGCUGCCCGGCUCAUCUCCACGAGUGUCUGAACAAAUGACAUAGGGUGAGAUCAGCAACGUGGUCACGACUCACUUUGUAUGUGUGCCAAGUUCUCUACUGUAUCAUGUCUGUUUCAGCCUUCUCAUUCAGCUAUUUCCACAGUAAUGAAAAAAGUUAGGUUUGGCUUGGAAGUCGAUGUUCUCAAUAGCAUGUUGCAUGUUUACAGAGAGAAAUCUUUGAAUCUUUGCAGAAGAGACUGUUAACUCAUUAAAGCUGGCAGUUGUCUCUUCUCACAGCCACUAAUGAUGUCCAGGUUCAAAAAUAAAACUCUGAAGCAUCACUACUUUUAAGGGAAAAAAUGUCUAGUGGAACAUUGAUGCUUUCUUAAUGCUUUUUAUUUUAAUUUGGCCGGAUAAGGCAUUUCAGAAAACUUGUUAAAGAUAUUACUGACAAUUGAAAGUUCAAAAUGAGAAAGAGUUUACCUCCUGCUGUGUUUCCCAACUUUGAUGUAGCAAUAGCAUCUCAGGUGACCCUUUCUAUUUCAGUUAUUUCAUUAUGAAACCACAAAGAAACAUGGGGAAAUAAAGCUUACUGCUCUUCAGAGAAAUUUCUAGAUAUUUUGGUUGGACCUACAACUAAAGUCAGUAGACUUUUAAUACAUAUUUGAAGAGUCAAAAUCAUAGACUGUGCAAGGGACUUGAUAAGGAAGCCAGUUGCGUAGUCCAUCAACAGGUAAAGUCCCGGCUCUUCUGGUAGCAGAUGUAUAAAUUCGGGUAUUUAUUUUAUUAAUAGAAGCAGAGCCUACGUACGGCUUGCCAGCACAUGAGGACAAAUGUGGUGGACAGUCCUCGCUGGUUCCUAUUUAACUUUUAGCUACAUUAACUUUCUUAUUUAAAAACAAGAAAGUGACAAUAAACUUCUGCUUAGCUUGCACAAAUUUGCAGAAUUCCUUUUAAAAGUCUAAAUAAAGAUGUUUCUUGGAAGUUGGAGAUAGUUAACUCCAUAAAAUAGAUCCAGGUUUUCCAGUCCCCUAAAGUAGCAUCCAUAAAUAAAGGCACCUUCUCAGAAUAAAACUAUUUCAUGGAGUAUUUGAACAUACUUGUUCUGUCACCCUGAGUUCAUUUUGUCGUGAAAUACAUUACGUCCGAGUCCUUCCCUCUGAGAGUCUAACUGUGAAACUCUUCAAUAUAACAACUCUAUCAGCCCCUGUAGAUAAGACAUGUUUCCCAGUGUGAGAUUUUUGAAAUCCUCUUUUCAUCCAGAAUUAUAUUUACCCACCUAUUGUAACUACUCAAAUAGAGCGACUUUAGGAGGCUUGAUAAAUGCUAAGAAUUUAGUACCACAGAAAUGGUUUAUUUUCCCUCUAGUCCACAAUUAGUAAUACAAAUCCUAUUUUUAUUGUUAGAUGUGACAUAACUGAUGUCAUAUGUUGUCAGUCUGAUGUGGCUCUUCCUAAGUAACCUGUCUGAUUAUAUACCGACUUAGCAAUGUGGCCUUGGAAUGCUGAGCAAAAUAUGGAUGUACUGGCUGUAAAUGUUUAUAUAUUGUACAGUACCUUUAUAUAUACACUUGAGGUUCUGAUUAGAGAAAGAGAUCUGUAAAUCGCUCGUUAUUUUUUAUAUAGAUAUUAAAAAA